AACAAGAUGACUGAAAGCAAAAAUGGUACAAAAACCUGGACUCCAAAGCAAAUCUGGAUUAAAGAUGUCCUUAACAAAUCGGGCACUGAGUUGCUGGAUAUAUCAAAGCCUCAAGCGAAGGCUGCCAUCAAGAAAUCGCCAGCGAAAGAUUCAGCCACAACCAACAUGGUUUACUAUUCCGCCAACCAGCUGCUCAUAAAAACGGAGCAAUCUAGUCAGGCCCAGUUCUGCCUUCAGGUGCCACCCCCUCUGACGGCGACGACCACGAGUGUGGGAGUUGGAGUGCCCCCGUCCAGUGGCCAGCAAGAGCAAUUCGAGUUGCUGCAGACGCCACAGCAACGACAACUGCAGCUGCAGGAGCACCAGCAGCAUCAACAGGAACAGCAGCAGUUCGUCAGCUACCAACUGGCCAUCCAGCAGCACCAAAAGCAACAGCAGCAUGAAAGUAUUAUGACCACAGCGCCGACGACAGCCCCAACCGUCACACAGCAGCAGAUCAAGACGGAGCCCUCCGCCGUGUUCCCAGCUUCAGUGACGGUAUCGCAGGUGCGGAAGCCAGGCGCCACCAAGCCGCAGUUCAAGUGCGAUCAGUGCGGCAUGACCUUCGGCAGCAAGUCGGCCCACACCUCGCACACCAAGUCGCACUCGAAGACGGCCGAUCUGUCGGCAAACGCCGGAAUGGGCGCCGGGGUCGCCGCCACUACCUCACCGGCGGCCAUCGAGCUGAAUGAUGUGGGUCUGCCGGUAGGCAUUCCCAAGAGUCCGACCAUCAAGCCCCUGGCCAACGUGGCUGCCGGAGCAGAUCCGUAUCAGUGCAACGUAUGCCAGAAGACAUUCGCAGUUCCUGCCAGGCUGAUCCGCCACUACCGCACCCAUACCGGCGAGAGGCCGUUUGAGUGCGAGUUCUGCCACAAGUUGUUCAGCGUUAAGGAGAACCUGCAGGUGCACCGGCGAAUCCACACCAAGGAGCGGCCCUACAAGUGCGAUGUGUGCGGACGAGCCUUCGAGCACUCCGGAAAGCUGCACCGCCACAUGCGCAUUCAUACCGGCGAACGGCCGCACAAGUGCUCAGUGUGCGAGAAGACGUUCAUCCAGUCCGGCCAGCUAGUGAUCCACAUGCGCACCCACACCGGCGAGAAGCCUUAUAAGUGCCCAGAGCCGGGCUGCGGAAAGGGCUUUACCUGCUCCAAGCAACUGAAGGUGCACUCGCGAACACACACGGGCGAAAAGCCUUACCACUGUGACAUCUGCUUCCGGGACUUUGGCUACAACCACGUGCUGAAGCUGCACCGUGUGCAGCACUACGGCUCCAAGUGCUACAAGUGCACCAUUUGCGACGAGACGUUCAAGAACAAGAAAGAGAUGGAGGCGCACAUCAAAGGCCAUGCUAACGAAGUCCCCGAGGACGAGACGGAGUCAGCAACGGCGGCAGCAUCAAUCGGACAGCCGUCCUUGCCAGGAAUCAGUAGCACCUCGGAGAGUAGCAACAAUUCGCCUCCCAGCUCGCCGCCGGCAACGAAGAAGCCUCGCCAGCCACGACAGCCUCGCGGUUCCAAAGCAUCGGCAGCCACACUCUCAAUCGCUUCCUCUUCCCCUCUCUCGCCCAGUUCCCUCAGUUCCACAUACUCGCCAUCAGCCAGCAGCCUUGCCUCGCCCCCACCGACGGCGGCCCACUACCUGCCCCCUCAGCUGGAAGCAGAUGCCUUGAGCCGGGACAGCGGAGUGUCGAGCGCCCAGCUUGCCCAAAACAGCUUUGCUGAUGAGGAGCCAACUGAUCUGAGUAUGCAGCAGGGCCAUGGUCAGGCGCCAACGGCCUACUUCCAGGCUCCGCCUAGUCUUCUGGAGCUGCAGCCACAAGCCCCUGGCCUUACAAUCAAUCCUGCCCUGCUCGAAGCAGCCAAUAUGGCGCGACGUCACCACGACAACGAUGACCAAGUGCAGGAUGACGAUGUGCACGCAGCAGCCUGGCAAAUGAUGCAGCUCCGCCGUGGUCACGGGUCCUUAACGCCGACGGAGCCGCAGCCCCAGACGCAUGAGCAACUUCUUCCUACUCUGCAUGUCAGUGAUCUCGCGGCAAACUACGAUGACACCCAUGAAGCCACCAUGCUAAUCGAGCACUUCAAGCGGGGCGAUCUCGCUCGCCACGGGCUACAUAAGGGCUAUGCGCCAGUGCCCAAAUAUGAAUCGGCUCUACCCAAUCCGGACAUCGUACGGCGCGUCGAAGCGGCAAUCGGACUGCGGUCCAGCACGGAGUCACCCGAACGCAGUUCCUCCCCGGAGAGCGACUCGCUCAUGAUGGCCGACCGGAACGUGAUGACGCUGCCCCUACGCAAACGCAAGAACUACAUGAACAAGGGCGACGAUGGUCAGAUGGAUCCUGAGAAGGCUCUGGGGGCUUCGGGAGAUGGAUCGACCGCGGCUAGUGCCGCAGCUUCCGUUGUCGCCGGGGAUGGUCCCGGGUCAAAGGUGAUAAGAAUGAGCUCGGUCAUCCAAUUCGCCAAGGCCUCUUAGGGGCCCAAGGCGCAUCCCCAAUCAGCAUUAAGACUGUCCAAACAAAUUCUAACUGAAAUUAGCUUAAGUUUUGUCUCUGAGGUUCGAGGUUUGGCCCAAAUGAGAGAUGAGGCAGAGGGAUCCUUUCAAACAGCAAAAAUGAAAACGCCAAAAGUAUUAUAAAAGAGAAAAUUUGUUUUUAAAUUAAUAUUACUUCCUAUUACGUUUUGUUGGCCUACUGAUGUUGGCCUGAUUUUGUUAGAUGUUUCAUUUCUAAAGAGUUUCCCAGCAUUGUAAAAGUUUCGUUUCCGCAUUAAUUUGGCAUCUAGUACAGUUUGUUUUCCUUUGUUGUCACUUAGUCGAAUUGCAGCAAUUGGCAUUAUGCGUAUUAAGCAUUAGCAUAACUAAGUUAAAUAUUACGAUAAUUACGAUCACUUCACAAGACCCAACGCUAAGCCGUUAAGAGUAACCAGUUAAGUGCAUAAUUAUACAAAUAAAAAUGAAAGGGUAUGCGAGAGGCCAUAUUGGCACCUAAUAUUUAUGAUACCGAUACCUAUUUAUUAUUGUAAUAAACUCUGCUCGCCAAACUUCUUCCUUCCCCUCCACCAUUGGUGUCCACACCACCCUCGACAUCGCGCAUCCAUCAUUUUAUAUGCAUUUUAUAUUUUAUAUAUAACGGCACAUAGGCACUAAAUAAUAGAGUAAUGAAAGCGGAUCGGUAAUUUUAAUUUUACAACGGAGAACAUUGAACUGAUAAACAAGAAGAAAGCAAGCAUAAUUAGACUUACACAUUUUCAAACAAGAGAAACAUUAAAUUAAGUGCGUCGGAUCAUUUUUGUAAGCGCAGUAUAAUAUCUAAAUCUAAUGUCUAAAUCGUAAAAUCAAAUAUUGCAUGAAAACGCAAGAAGCAAAUGAAAUCUGAAAGUCAAUAAACAAGCGUGUAAUAACCUAA